GCUAGGAAAGCAUUACUUGCACCUAGUGAGAAUCAGACAUGGCUUCAGGGGAUACAGGACGCUCACCUGAGCUGCCAGUCACCGACUAAGUGGAGCAGUGUUUCUUCCACAGACUCACCUGAGAAAUCGGCUUCUGGGGCAGGCACCAGGAAUCUGCCUUUUCAGUUCUGUCUCCAGCAGGCUUUGAGGAUGAAGGCUGCGGGUAUUCUGACCCUGAUUGGCUGCCUGGUCACAGGCGCGGAGUCCAAAAUCUACACGCGCUGCAAACUGGCAAAAAUAUUCUCGAGGGCUGGCCUGGACAACUACUGGGGCUUCAGCCUUGGAAACUGGAUCUGCAUGGCGUAUUACGAGAGUGGCUACAACACCACGGCCCAGAGGGUCCUGGAUGACGGCAGCAUCGACUACGGCAUCUUCCAGAUCAACAGCUUCACGUGGUGCAGACAUGGAAAGCUGCAGGAGAACAACCACUGCCACGUCGCCUGCUCAGCCUUGAUCACUGAUGACCUCACAGAUGCAAUUAUCUGUGCCAGGAAAAUUGUUAAAGAGACACAGGGAAUGAACUAUUGGCAAGGCUGGAAGAAACACUGUGAGGGCAGAGACCUGUCUGACUGGAAAAAAGGCUGUGAGGUUUCCUAAACUGGAACUGGACCCAGGAUACUUUGCAGCGAUGCCCUAGGAUUUGCAGUGAAUGUCCAAAUGCCUGUGUCAUUUUGUCCCGUUUCCUCCCAAUAUUCCUUCUCAAACUUGGAGAGGGAAACUUAAGCUAUACUUUUAAGAAAAUAAAUAUUUCCAUUUACAUGUCUUCA